AUGCCGAAGACAGUGGCAGAGAAGUUGAUUUCCCUACAACGACGGUUCUUGUUGAGUACAGAGGAGGAGAGGCAAAGGUUACCGUUCAUGAAAUGGGAAGUAGUAAUGGCUCCUAAGAAGGCAGGUGGGUUGGGAGUUGGUGAUGCAGUUAUUCGAAAUACAGCAUUGCUGUUUAAGUGGUGGUGGAGGUUCUCAAAACAAGACUGUCCCUUAUGGAAGAAAAUUAUUUGCUCUUGUACCAACAUGGAUCCUGCUGUGAUGCUGCGAGACCAGCCUGUCCCCACAAGAGGGGGUCCUUGGAAGGAUAUCUGUCAGUUACAAAUCCGCGAGCCGUGGUUGAGAGAAAAGAUGAUCAGCAGGUUGUCUAUGGACCUCGGGAAUGGCAGAACAAUCCAGUUCUGGGAGGAUAGCUGGCUACCUAACGGGGUAUUGAAAGAUAUGUUUCCUAGGCUCUUCUCAGUUUCAAACCUUAACGGAUCAGUUAUAGAGGAUUGUGGGUUUUGGGAUGGGUUAGACUAG